AUGACGAACGAAAUUCUGUUUUCUUUCCCUUUUUAUAGCAAAUGGAAAGUGUGGGUUGGAGUGGUGGUCAACAGCAGUCUUUCAGGGCCGCUAACCUGGGAGGACGGCAGUCCGGUGUGGUACCCAACUGCUGACUUGAGAUCCAGGGCUGAUCCAGAUAGCGACCAGUGCCUCACCAUGGAGACCCUGUCGCCCUACAGGUGGGGGCUGGUCAACUGCUCCCAGAGAUUUCCGUACCUAUGCUCAGUGGACGAAGGCGUAUGUGUGUACGAAGUUACUCCAACUAGCAGUCUGGUUGGCUACAACACGGCAAAGUUCUUUGAACAAGACCGAGAGGGUUGCAGAAAACUUUGUGAUGAAAACAAAGACUUCACUUGUCGAUCCUUCGAGUACAGCAAGUGGCACUUCUGUCAACUCUCGGAGGUGAACAGGUACCAAUUUAUUGUGUGACAUGUUUGGUGUGAUUACGAUACGAUUAAUCGAAGGGCUCCAAUGAUUAGGAGCAAUUGUUUCGAUCUUAGUUCUUUGAACUUUGACUACCACUGGACUCGAAAGCUGAUAGGCACAUUAAGCAUACACAUACCCGCACACAAACACA